AUGGCUGGCGGAUACGGCGCGCGCCACUGGAGAAGGUCCCUGUUGCUGGUGCUCGACUCAAAAGGCAAGCUCGUCAAGUUCGCAAAAGACUACAAAAACCCUAAGAGUGGAAACGGCAGCGAUGGACGCUACAGGGUGGUAGGCAAAAUCCGCCAUUUCGAAUACCUUGCGCGCUGCUCGGAACUGGGUCAUGUACGAAUCGAUAACCACUACAAGAAGCCGGCCCAGAAGAAGAGUCCGGCUGGUUUAAGCAUUACGGUGAUGGCAGAUACAAUGGCUAGGGACACGCUUGGCCUGGACAAGGCAGCUAGCUUGUCGUCACUUGCAACGCUCCGCGCCUUCAAGGAUGCAGUCGAGCGCGAUGAAGAUGCUUUCAACUUCGACAUCAUGUAUCUCUACCUACAAUGCAUCAGAAUCCUCGGCAGAAUUCAGAAGCAUUGCAUCGGGAAUGCUCCUCAAGACUUCCCCAUAUCCAAAUUCGGCCACGGUCUCGGCAUGAACGCUGUCAUCAACGAGAUGAUCAGCCACUUGGGCACUUGGCCUCACAUAAAUAGAGCCAUGUUCCCUGAAGCCGUCAUCAUGCUGCGCAAGCUCAUCGAGAAGGAUGACGACCAUGUCAUCCAUGAGGCAAAGGCACGGGAUGAGGACAUCAAGCUACAUCAAAUGGAGCCGCAGGCUGAAGUCGAGCCUAGUUUCGAGAACCCUUUCGAGGAAAUGUUUGGGCUUGAGUGGCGUGACAUGUUCGGCUGCAUCAUGUUUGGAGACGAGCAUGGCAACGUCCGUAUGCCAUUUGGCUAG